AUGAUGAGAGCAGUUGCCGUUAACAAAGCUGUGAAGUUGGACGGAGUUCUUCAUGAGUUCCUCCCUUCCCUGAUGAGCUGCAUGCUUGGCAGAGUGUUGUGUACUAGGCCAGAGUCAGAUAAUCAUUGGGCCUUGCGAGAUUUUGCUGGAAAAACGUUAAUCACCAUUAUAAAAGAUCACGGGACCAAAGAUACCAGGCGUCGUGCUUUCCGUGCUGUUAAGCGUAUAUUUGAUGACCCAUCUUCAAGCUACUCAAUGAUUUAUGGGACGAUAACGACAUUGCUUGAAUUCGCUACUCCUGUAGAGCGAAUUCGACUCCAUCCGCGCUUCAUGAUCCUUUUGGAAAAAACACGCACCACUGCUGCAAGCGGUGGUGAUCAACAGGAACGAAUCGAAGCGCAUAAACUGCAUGCUUCACUUACU